CUGCAAGCAAGGGCUCCUUUUUUCAAAAAUUCAAACAAAACCUCCCUCCUCCUCCUCCUCCAUCUCCACCACCACUAUCACCAUGUCCAACAAUGAUCUUUUCACCUCCCUAAUCUCCGACGUCAAAACCUACUCCGGCAAAGACCCUCUUCUACCAUGGCUAAGAGGGAUUCGAAAAAUGAACGACUCACUCCCGCCUCACACUCUGAAGGAGAAGCUCCCUCGCUUCUUGCAGAAGUGUGCGCAGACGUUCGAGUCCGAUCGACGAUACCGAAAUGAUUUGCGCUACAUUCGAGUUUGGUUAAAGUUGAUGGAUUUUGUCGAGGAUCCGAGAGCUCUGUUGAGAACAAUGGAGGCGAAUCAAAUCGGGACAAAGCACUCUUUGUUCUACCAGGCAUAUGCUCUGUACUAUGAAAAGAACAAGAAAUUUGAGGAAGCCGAGAAGAUGUACCACUUGGGAGUGCAAAACCUUGCAGAGCCCAUUGGAGCGUUAGAGAAGUCGUACGAGCAGUUCCUUCAACGGAUGGAGAGACACAGGAGACACAGAAACCAGGAAAAGAGGACCUUGAAAAGGCCUCUGUCAGAUAAGACUAUCCCUCCAAAUGGAGAAAGGAACAAAGAAAAUGCCUGCAGGAUCGGCCCCAGGCCUAUAGAAUCCCAACAUGUUCCGUCUAGAAGUGAGCAUCAAGUGACUUCUGGAAGAGGGUCAGAGGAACUGAAAAUGUUUGGCGGCGAUGAUACAGUUGUGGUGAAGUUUGUAGACACUGCCAUUGUUGGGAAGUCUGAAGCGGAAGAUGCGUGUCACCAUGGAUUGGUGGAUCCUACUAUAAACAUGAAAGAGGCCAUGAGCGCCAUCAAUGACAUGUUUCGAGAGCCUAUAGAGGCGGCUCCCAUUAGCAGAAGAUCUCGACAAUCCCAACCGAAGAACAAUACUGUGGACAGUGGAUUCCAAGUAUUUGUUGAUGACAACUUAGAUAAUGGAGGGAAAUCCGAAAAUAUUAAGGGAGAAUUGAGUAGAACUGCUACCCACCAGUCUCACCAAGAACCUUUAAACAUUUUCAUUGAUGAUGAUGAUAAUGACGACAAAGAUAGCCCUGAUCAGAGUGACAUCGGAAAUCCGACAGAUGAUUCUACCUCACCUGCUUCACAUGGAAAUGUAUUCGUGUUUCCAAAUCCAAAAGAUUUUCCGGGUGAAAGUUCCGGUGAUUUGGCUGUUGAAGGCUCAUCUCAACCGAGGUUCAGGGAGGAUACAAUGGUUUGUAGGUUUGUUGGGGCCACCAUUUCGGAUGAGCCAGAGGAGGUCGAAAAUGCUUGCCACCAUGGUUUGGUAGACCCUACAAUCAACUUAAAGGAAGCCAUGGAUGAUAUCAAUAACAUGUUUGGGAAGCCAAUGGAAUUUGUAAGAAAGAGGAGAGUGAAAAACCAGGAAAGAGGACUUGAUAGGAAAGAAGAUUUUGGUGGGUUUUCUAUACUUCCUGAUGAUAACUUGAACCAGAAGCAAGAGCAGAAAAUGCCUGAUUUACCGCAGAGAUCAAGAGAUUCAGAUUUGUUCGAGGCCACUGUAACAACAAAGGAGGCCAUGGAUGAGAUCAAUAAGAUGUUUGGAAUGCCCCUGGACUUCUAGGAAGAAUUCCAACUGCUAAGUGUGUGCGUGCUGCAGAUUUUCGGGUUUGUUGUUGUAGGGAAUGUAUUGAGCUGUGUUGCUUUACUUCCUCAUUCAUCCAUUGUACUUGAAUUUUGGAAAUCUUAAAGUAAACAGAUUUGUGCUA